GCCCUCCGGAUCCUCGCGUUGCCCCUGGAAACCACACGGUGCUGUAGCUACCAGAGCAAGGGAAGGACAUGACGAUUCAAGAUGGCGAAGGACCUGGACGAGCUCUUGGAUGAGGUCGAGUCCAAGUUUUGCAGACCAGACCCACUGAGACUGGGUAUGGUCGAACGGCCCAGAGGCGGAGGCGGUGGCGGUGGCAUCCUCAGCAACGACCGGAACCCAGCCGAGGCGGAAGAGAAUCUCAGAUCAACAGAAACAUUUAAAAAAGAACAUGAUCUUGACAGUCUUAUUAACGAAAUAUUUGAAGAGCCCAACUUUGACAAAAAAUGCUUUAAAUUAAAAUCUAAAUCUUCAGGUAACACAUCUGUCAGAGCUUCCAUUCAAGGCCCUGGUAAGAGCUGCAGCCCAGUAUACCUUGGUGGAAGUGCUGUUCCAUGUGGGGUUGGGACAAAUACUUCACAGAGUUCUUUUUCUCUGAACAGAGCAUGUGACCAUCUGCGUUGUAUAGCCUGUGAUUUCUGGGUAGUAAGCUACGAUGACUAUGGGUGGGACAAAUCAUGUGAUUACCUGUUUUUCAGGAACAAUAUGCCAGAAUUCCACAAAUUAAAAACAAAGUUGGUAAAGAAGAAAGGAACACGGGCAUACGCCUGCCAGUGCAGCUGGAGAACCAUUGAAGAGCUGACUGACCUUCAGACACAUCAUCACCUUCGCUGGGUUUGCGGUAAACACUGAGAACGCAGACUUUCCACAUUCAGACAAAUGCAUCCAUGAGAACAGUCUCUAUUAACUGUCACAAUAUUUAGGUAAAGGUACAUAGUAUCAUGCCCUUUGGAAAAGACAGGAAAUUUCAUUUAAUGGCUGUAUAAAUUUUCAAAGACCAAAUGGACUUGGGAAGAUAAUGUGCUUUAAUGUUUUGGAAUUAUUCCUUUUUGAUAUAUGGACAUUUCACUUAGGAAGUAAGGUAACAAGUUAUCCAAAUACUUCUUUGCUAGCCUGUCCCCUGUUAAAUAGAAAUUUCAUUGUGGAGUUUCAUACAAAUGUAUAGCCAUUCAGUAGCAACUGCAGUGUUACUGACUGCUAGUAUACUUAGCAUAAACAUUCCUCUUCAUGGCAGUUAAAAGGGAUAAAGCUGGCCCUGCAGAGAGGUCACUGAGGGGUGUACACAUCACCUCUUCCAGUCAGAUCUGUUGUUAGCAAAGAUCAUAAUUUAGACAUGUCAGAAACCAUGUGAUCAGUGGCUAAUUGAAGGGUUUUCGGGAGUAUAGGUAUAUUGUAAGUGAAAACACUGCCUGUAUCUGAUCUAACUUCACCAAUUCAAAGCAAUACUAUGCACAGUAGUAAGUAUAUAUUACCAGUUUUAGCUUAUUUCUCCUCCUUUUGUUCAUUUAGAUAUCAGAAGUUAUUUAGUUUGCUCUUUUAGCAAGUAUUCAUUUCUAUAUAAAAGUGGGUUUUUUUGUUGCACCUAAAAGUACAAGGAAAAAUCCUAAUACAGACAGGUCAUUUUUGGAUUUUCCAAGUACCUUCUUGCCUUUAAUGCCCUAAAACUCCAUUAAGUAAAGAGAAUAGCAAGUAAAAUAUAUUCUCAGGCAGCCUGUAGAUUUUUCUGGUAGGAUCAGGUUGACAUACUGUUUAUUGGUGAGUACAUGAAAAAAGAAAGCAUAGCUGAACCAACAGGUAGCCUGUUGGGCUCCUUCUUAAUAUGACUAAGACUUGAGGAGCCCUACAGUAGCAGCACAUUCAGAAGAUCGGUUACCUCAAAAUUACCAGCUCGCAGCCCCAUCAAGAGAUUCCAAUUUGCCAGCAGCUCUUUACCGCCUGUGUCUAAUAUAUUGUUCAAAUGCAUGACACAGGCUUGCUGAAAGCGAGGAACUGAAGCAAAGUUAUGAUCUGCGUAGUCUUAUACUGAAUCUGUUCCAGCCAUUUUACUCAGGCAAAGAAAGAUCUGGUCAUUAAACUCCUUCUCCUAACCAUGACACAUUUGCAUAUGUGUAUCACUUGCUCCAGUAAGUCUAGUAUUCCAACAGGAUAAAUCUCAUUGUGGCAGAUGCUCACAUUUUUUGUAUUAAGAAUAUGUUUACCAAUCUUAUCUUUCAAUAAAAAUUUUUUACCCCCUGAA